UGCGCAUGUACAAACUGAAUAGCCCUUUUUCAUCAACAUGUCAAAAAGAGGACGUGGAGGUUCAUCUGGUGCGAAGUUUCGCAUCUCGCUGGGUUUACCAGUGGGUGCAGUUGUGAACUGUGCUGACAACACAGGAGCCAAGAAUUUAUAUAUAAUAUCCGUGAAAGGUAUCAAAGGUAGAUUAAACAGAUUGCCAGCUGCAGCCGUUGGUGAUAUGGUGAUGGCGACAGUCAAAAAGGGCAAACCUGAACUUCGGAAAAAGGUGAUGCCAGCUGUGAUUAUACGGCAGCGUAAACCGUACCGGAGGAAGGAGGGUAUAGUUCUGUAUUUUGAGGACAAUGCGGGGGUUAUAGUCAAUCAGAAAGGUGAAAUGAAAGGGUCUGCAAUUACUGGGCCUGUUGCAAAAGAAUGUGCUGACCUCUGGCCCCGUAUUGCGAGUAAUGCUGGCAGUAUUGCCUAGCUGACAAACCUGUGAUUGUCUGAAGUUAAUUAAAAAAAAAAGAAAAAAAAA